GGGCGGGGUGGGGGGGGGCCUUUCUCCCGCGUGUGUCUGUCCGUUCGUAUCUGUCUCUCCACUCCUCGUGUCUCUGCUCCCGCCUCUGUCCCCAGCGUCUUUUCCUCAUGUCUCUCUGCUCGUCCCUGUGUUCCUAUGACUGUCUGUACCCCUCGUCUCUUUGUUACCCCCGUUGUUACCCCCGCUAUUCUUUGUCCUCGUGUCUCUACCCGUUGUGUCUCCCUCCCCCUCUAUCCCUGUGUCUCCCCCGUCGCCGUCGCCCCCUGUGCUCCCGAGUGUGCUCCCCUUGUUACCCCCGUUGUCCCUUCCCUCGUCUAACGUGCUCCCUUUUCCCCCGCCUCUCCAUCGCCUCCUCAAUCUGCUCCUCCUACUCCCUCUGCUCCCCCUGUUCGUCCUAUCUGUGUAACGCGUGCUGCACUUCCUGUUAAGUCUGGGGCCUUCGGGCCAAAGUAGACCCCUGGCCCCCAGUCGCCGCCGUCGUCGUCGUUCCCCCCCGGUCCUUGUCGCCCCGUCCCCCAUGUCUCUCGGUGUUUGUUCGUCCCCCUGGGCAGGGAUCGCUUUCUCCAACGGCCCCCGAUGGCACACGCUCCGAACGCUCACAAUGGGCGCCCUGAAGGACAUGGGGUUGGGGACGCGAAAUAUUGAGGAACGGAUCGUGGAAGAGGCAGCCGCCCUGUGCAACGAACUCGGCCAAAACCGUGAGGCUCCAUUCAACCCCCGGCAGCUCCUGUGCAAUGCUGUGUCCAACGUCAUCUGCGCGGUGGUGUUUGGACAACGCUAUAGCUAUGAGGACCCUGAUUUCAAAACCCUGUUGGAUUUGCUGAACGACAACUUUAAGCUUAUAAGCUCGCAAUGGGGCCAGAUGUACAACAUGUUCCCGUCCGUUAUGGACUGGGUCCCUGGCCCCCACCAGCGAAUUUUCCAUAACUUUGAGUUGCUGCGGGCCUUCAUCUAUGAUCACAUAUGGAAACACCAGAAAAGUAGGAAGUCAGGAGAACCAAGGGACUUCGUGGACUGUUUCCUUGAUCAGAUAGAGAAGGAAAAGCAGGACCCUUGGAGUCACUACUACAUGGACUCACUAGUGAUGACAACCCAUAAUCUCUUCUUUGGGGGCACAGAGACCACAAGUAAUACCCUUCGCUAUGGACUGCUGAUUUUGCUGAAGUAUCCUGAAGUGACAAAAAAAGUCCAAGAAGAGAUAGACCGUGUGGUGGGUCGGGAUAGGGCUCCUCGUCUGGAAGACAGAGACCACCUGCCCUACACCAACGCAGUUGUGCAUGAGAUCCAGAGACUUGUCAGCGUCUUACCUAUGGGCCUGCCCCGAGCCGUGACUCAGGACACCCAUUUCCGUGGAUGCUUCCUACCCAAGGGCACCCACAUCAUCCCACUGUUUGUCUCCGCAUACCGGGACUCAAUCCAGUUCAAGGACCCACAAUGUUUUGACCCAACCAACUUCCUGGAUGAGAAAGGGGCCUUCCGAGCAAACAAGGCUUUCAUGCCCUUCGCUACAGGGAAGCGCAUGUGCCUUGGGGCAGGCCUGGCCCGGAUGGAGAUCUUCCUCUUCCUCACCACCAUCCUCCAGCGUUUCAAACUGACCCCAAUGGAGAAGCCGGAGGACAUAGACCUGACUCCUCAGUACACAGCCCUAGGCAACGGGCCCCCACCCUACGAGCUCCGCGUGCUGGCCCGCUGAGCUCCUGCCCAAGGGGACACCUGCGAUCCCUCCCACUCCUUACCUUUGUCUUCUGUCCAAUAAACCCCCCACCCAAAAGGCA